AUGGCGGUCACAGCUCGGAACAAUAAAAAUAUUGACGCUUUGGAAACAGAACAUAGGAGAAUUUCCUUCGGGUCGCUUUCUGCGGUCGACGAUGUCGUCAGAAACCUGUUGCUAAGACCUAACGACAUCAGCAAAUGCCAGGUGAACCCACUGACACACUUCGGUAAACAGAUCCAGCUGGGCAAGAUGCUUCUACUGAUCCUGGUCCCGAUUACAGCGCUAGCCAUACUAGUUGUCCUGGAUCUAAACAGUAUUGCUUACAAUAACAGCGUCGACAUCGAGAUCCGCAACGUAAUCAGUUUCAGUCGUAACAUCGGGCUCCUGCUGAGCCGCCUGCAGAGGGAACGUGACAUGACAGCCCUGUACGUGAGCGUGAUCGCACCGAACAGCAAGGCUUUCCUGACCGAGACCUACCCGCUGACUGACAGGGCCCUCGACGAGCUCCAGGAAUGGCCCGUCGAAACCAGUAUUCUGAACGAGCUACCAUUCUUUCGUGAGAAGAAUGACUUCAAGGAGAAUCUUGAGCAGCACCGUCAGCGUCUACACCAUUCGAACACCACCGUGUAUAGAGAGAUCGAUUUCUACACCGACAUGUUGCAGAUUUUCAUCGACUGGCUCUAUGAAAGUGUCGGCAAUUCGCAGGGGCACGGCUCAUGGCAAAUACUGGUCGCCUACCAGCUCCUCAUCGUCAGCAACGUCGAUACGGGCAUCGAGAGGACACUCGGUGCUAUAUUUUACACACUCGGUGGCUUUGAGAGGCAUAAGGACUACGUGUGGUACAUGGAAAAAUAUAACGUGGGAUCGUGGAACUUUGCGGCAUCUAAGCGCUACACACCACUCAUCCAGCAAUUCUACGAAAAGCAGGUAUCCAUUUCAAAUCAUUUAGAAUAG